ACACAAUUGAAGCUGCUAACCUUGUUUGUGAAACACAAUCGAAGCUGUUGACCUUGGAUAUCGAUCAAAUGUCUUGGGUUGUAAGAGAGUAUAACUGUGAUAUACUACUUGGACAGGAGUCAUCAAUUUACGGUGAGAAUUUGUUUGUUUCCAUUUGGAAUGGUUCCAGUUUUAAUGGCGUGCUUCUGUUUUUUCUUCUUUUUUUUUUAUGUGAUUGUUUUCAAAGUUAUAAUAUAUUAUGUGUUUGUGUGGGCCUAAGUUAUUUGGUUUUAUGUGAUUUGUUUUGUCUACAAGAAGCUAUGUGAUUUGUGUGGGUGUGGGCCUGAGUUAUUUGGUUUUAUAUGAUUUGUUUUGUUAGCAAGAAGCUAUGUGGUUUGUGUGGGUUGAUUUUUAUAUUCAAGUGUUGAAUAUUAAAAUGUUUUUUGUAUAAGUUAGUAUUUGUUUAUGCAAAGACUGACACAGAUUAUUUUACAAUAAAAAUGCAUCAUAGUGGUAAAUUUGAGGGUUAUGGUGACAAAGUGUACACAUGUGGGAGAUGGAACCACUUUGAUAUGUGUCAUGCUGACCAAUUAUCUUUGGUAGAGUUGAACAACAUGCUGAAAGAUGUUGGAGUAGAUUAUUCUGAGAAUACAAAAUACUAUCAUAAAGCUAGUAAAGGGUGGGGGGAAUUGGAAAAUGAUCAACAGAUCAUGGAACUUAAGAAGUGGGAAAAUAGUAACAGAGUGGUUGAUCUAUAUGUGAAACACAGUAAGACUUGUAUGUUGAACCUUAGUCAAGCUGAGUCAACUUAUGGUAAUGGGGUAGCAUCUAAGAGUUCUUCUGAUAAGGAUGAAGUUGACAGUGAAGAAUGCUCACAGGAUGAGUCUUCUGGGUCUGAAUAUUUUUAUGAUAGUGAAUAUGAUAUGGAGAAUUCCCAAUUGUAUGAGAAUGUAGUUGAUGAUGAUUCUAACUUUGUAGGAAAGGGGACAAGGGUUGAAAGUAACAAACAGAAAAGGGAUCAGAAUGUUAAGGCAAUAGGAAUGGACAAUGACAGUGGUUUAGUAGAUGAAGAUUGUGAGUCUGAUGAGCUGCAAAGCCUUAGUGGCUCAUAUGAUGAGGAUGAAACAGGGGGGUGAGAGGGUUAAGUAUCCACAUUUCACUACUAAGGCUGAUAUGGUUGACCCACAGUUUAAGCUAGGGAUGUUAUUUAAAAGUUCAGCUGAGUUCAGGGCAGCAGUGAGACAACAUGCAAUAAAAUAGGGAAAAAAAAUACGAUUUGCAAAAAAUGAGAAGUAUAGGGUGAGGGCAGUUUGUAAAUCAGGUUGUGAUUGGAUGAUAUAUGCUUUAAGAUUGGGUUCAAAGAUGACCAUGCAGGUAAAAACUUACGUUGGUAGACAUAGUUGAAACAUAAAUUUUAAAAUGAAUCAUGCCAAUACUAAGUGGGUUGCGAAUUAGAUCAAACCCAACCUGGCCCAUUAAGUCACUAAAAGAA